CCCCAUAACGAAAUUCUGGGAAAGAAGAAUAGUACAACAGAGAUUUGAAUUUCGUUUUUUCAAGAGAUUUUGCAUUCUUGUGGCCUCUGCCUUGGAUAUAACCCAAGGCAGAGAUCAAACAAAGGCAUUUUGCCUUCAGAAAUGCAAGGCAAAUCAUGGCAUUUCAAGAUUUUGACCAAAUUUCAGAACGCCGACGGCUCGAGAAAAAACAAAGGUUGAAACAGAGAAUCAUCAUUGGUGUCGUUGUAAUCGUGCUCCUUGUUUCGGCGGCUAUUGCAGCUUUCUUGAUAUAUCUCAACAAGUCCCAAACAGAUGAUGUCGAUGAACCCUUGGAGGAGGCGAACAUCAACAAUGGCAACAAUGAUCAAAAUAAGGACAAUUCAUCUGGUCUUUCUAGUGAUGGAGGAAACAAGGAUAAAAAAGUUACGCAAAAUCUGAAGGCCAUUAAAACGGUAUGUCAAUCAACAGAUUACAAAGAAACAUGUGAGAGCCGGCUUGAGAAAUCAUUGAGUUCAAAACCUUCAGGAAUACCUGAACCCAAUGAUUUUGUCAAGGCUGCGAUAUCAGCAGCCUCUGAUGAGCUCGAUAGAGCCAUUACCCAAGCGUCUACAUUCAUGAAAGUUGAAACCGCCUCAGAUAACCAAAAAGCUACUUUCGACGUCUGCAAGCAAGUUCUAGGGGAUGCCCAGAAUGACUUUAAUCAUUCAAGAAAUGGAACAGUUGGAACCACCACAGCUCCUGAUUUACGGAGUUGGUUGAGUGCAGUCAUGGCUUAUCAGCAAACGUGCAUUGAUGCAAUUACAGAAGACGCUACUAGGGCUAGCAUUGAACAGGCUUUGAAGACUACCAAAGAACUUACCAGUAAUUCUCUGGCCAUAGUCUCUUCACUUCAUAAAGAAUCACCAUCACCAUCAUCAGCUCCAGCUCCAGCAACAGCCCCUAGCCGUCGUCUUUUGUCUGGAAAUAUUGACCACGACCUUCCCAUCUGGAUGACACACGACACGCGAAGACUACUAAAGGCUGAUGCUCCCAGUCAGAAACCAAACGUGACAGUAGCUAAAGAUGGUUCAGGAGAUUUCCCUACUAUUUCUAAGGCUCUGGAAAAAUUACCCGAGAAUUAUAAAGGUCGGUAUGUAAUCCACAUUAAAGGAGGAAUAUAUGAAGAGAACGUUAUCAUCACCAAAAAGAUGGUAAACAUCACAAUGUAUGGUGAUGGGUCGCAAAAGACAAUCAUCACGGGGAACAAAAACUUUGUAGAUGGAGUUCCUACCUUUUUAACAGCAACAUUCGCGGCCAUAGGAGAAGGAUUUAUAGCUCGAUCAAUUGGUUUUAGAAACACAGCGGGUCCAGAAAAGCAUCAAGCAGUUGCGUUAAGAGUGCAGUCAGAUCGUUCUGUAUUCCUGAACUGUCGUAUGGAGGGAUAUCAAGACACCUUAUAUGUGCAAACACACAGGCAGUUCUAUCGUGGAUGCUAUAUAAUGGGUACAAUCGAUUUCAUAUUUGGGGACGCUGCUGCAGUGCUCCAAACAUGUGACAUUGUGAUCAGAAAGCCGAUGGAGAAUCAGAAGAACACAGUAACUGCUCAAGGGAGAAUAGACAAGCAUGAAACCACUGGGAUUGUGUUACAGAAAUGUAAAAUUUCUGCAGAUUCAUCUCUUGCUCCUGAAAAGUCAAAAAUAUCGAGUUACCUUGGAAGGCCAUGGAAAGAGUAUUCUAGAACGAUUGUGAUGGAAUCAGAGAUUAGUGAUGUCAUUCAACCAGAAGGUUGGUUGCCAUGGGACAAAGACUUUGCGCUUCAAACGCUUUAUUAUGCAGAAUAUAACAACAUAGGUGCAGGAUCUCGGGUCAAAGGUAGAGUCAAGUGGCCAGGUUAUCAAGCCAAUUUUAAAAAGGAAGAGGCGGUUAGGUACACAGUGAGCCAAUUUAUACAAGGGGAAAGCUGGUUGAAAGGCAGUGAUGUUCCUGUGCGUCUAGGAUCUUACAGCUAGCUAGCUAACACAAAGAUAGUUUACAAUGGAAAAAUUGAAAAUGGAACAUAAUAGAACUUCAUUGACUGUGCAAUGAUCAACUGGGCUGGCUAGCAAUGAGCCUCAUUGCAAGCGUAACUCACUGGAAUGAACGACGAUUUGCACAAGGAAAUAUGAUUGUAACUGAACUACUGAAGUAUGAAACAUGUUUGCAAGUAGCUCAUAAUGCUGAUUGUUUGUUAGAGUUGCAUAACUAAAUUAAUUUGUAGCUCAAGAGAUCAUUAGUAGCAGAGUAGUAU